AUGUCUAAUGUACCGGCGUACUGUAGAUUCUACUCGAGGAUUAUACAUCGGAUGACUACCACCUUCUUCUUCUUUCCUCUUCCCCUCCUCAUCCUCCGUUUCUCAUCCCGCUGCCUUGUCCACUCGUGGUAGUUUAUCCCUCGAGGCUCUGUUUCUACCCGCCCCGAACCGCCGAGACGAAAAAAGAGAAGUGCGGCACACCACGCCCGAACGAGAGGACCCACGGCUAUUUUCCAUUUCCCCCCCAAUUUCCCUGAACUCCAUCCUCGAAAACCCUCCCCUGGUCUCCUACUUGUCGUUGAGGGCUAUUCAAUCUUCUCAUCCCUGGACUUCUAUACCUCUGGGAGGAAGAACCACCAAAUCUUACUUUUUUUUUUCUUCUGCCUACCACCAGGUCGCCUCUACCCGGACGGAUCAACUUUCUCCGCCGCCCCCUGAACGUCCCGGCCCUCCGCGAAAGACCUCGCUCUCCUCCCACGACACUUUCUGAACGGCCAUGUCUUCCUCGUACUAUGAGCCUCAGGGCUGGCAAGCUCCUGCCGCGCGCCAGGCCUCAUGGGAACAGCCCGUGCCGCCCUCCCGGUCAGGCUCGAGCUCCGUUUCCCAGCGCGACGACAGCCCGGCUUUCUCCUCCCAAUUUGACGAGGUCGACCGUGCGAUCGACAAUCUCGUCAAGAGCGGCAAGCUGUGGAAUGCUCCUCGCCGGGACUCUAUGCCCAUGAUGAUGGGUCGUCCCUAUCCUGAGUACGACCCGCGCACGGGUGGUGGCCCCCAGCGACACCAUUCAAUCAGCGAGUUCGACAAUUCCCGGGCGCACCCAUCGGGCAACGUGCAGGGCUUCUAUGCCUCACAACGGUACCAGGGCCGCCCCAAUGAGGUAGAGCAGAUGAUGCAGGCAAAGCGUCGGAUGGCGGCACAGCGUGAACGGGAGCUCCGCAACUAUCACCAGGAGCAGCAGUACAACCGAAGCCUCCUCGCCGAAAUGUCAGCAACCAAAUCCGAUCGUUCCAACAGCCCGGCGGCUACGAGUGAAGAUAGCCGCCGUGACCUCCUGGCUCGCCAGCACCGCGCCUUGUACGGCAACGAGAGUCCCGCCUUCUUUCCCCCUGGCCCCCUUUCUGAUGACCACAACAGAGCCGACAGCCAAGCCACCGGUACCCCUGCCUCUGGCGCUCGAGUUUCGUCCCCCCGUGGCGUUGAUCCAUUCGGCCUUGUCCAGGCUGGGGGUGCCCCCCCGGAGGGCGCCUCCGGUCUCCAGUCCCCAUCCCGUGCCAACAGUACCUCCUCGCCGAGCUCCGCCAUCAAUGCCGGCUUCACUGAACAGCCCGGUACCUCGGCAUCCUCACCCGGAGCUGCCGACUCGUCGUCUUCUCGCCAGGGCUCCUCCAAGCCAUCCACUGGCCCCAUCGGCUCCGUGGGUCCUAUCGGCUCGCGUCCCCUCCCCGGCCAGACAACCACCGCCCCAGCCACCAACCCAGUUCUGAACAAGCAGCGCUCAACGACACCUCUGCCAUCGCCACUGGGCUUCGGUUUCACCCCCAGUGAGGCUGCUGCCGCCGCUGCGGGCGAGCGCUCCACCUCCGCUACCUCCAACCCGGCCGUGACCGCUGCCACCAACGCCCCGAGUGCCAAGGACUCGUCGGCCGGCGUCGGUCUCGGCUGGAGCAACAACGGCAGCGUCUGGGGCUCGAAGAGCGGACUGGGCGUGCAAGCCUCCGUUUGGGGCUAGACUAGCUUCAUCGUCCUCCUUUCUCGCUUCACCCCCCCCCUGGUCACGACAUCCUGUCUGCUUCUGCUUUUCGCUUCUACUUUGAACGUUCACCUUUCUUUGGGCUUGGCGUGUUUCUUGUGGCAUGCAUUUGCGACUCGGGGUUGCUGUCUCUGCUCUUCUUUUCAAUCUUCCUGACUACUUGCUGUUCCUUCUGUGGCGUUGUGCGAGAAAAACUGGCUUGUCCAUCUGCGUUGGCGGUGCAAUUCGGGGCUUCUUUUCUAUUUUCUGGGCUCCUCGGUACAUAUCUCUGGCUGGGAGUGAGUAAAUGGUUUAUGCGUUGGGGGCUUCGGUUCGGUCGGCGCAAUAUCCUACCUAGGCUUGGACUUGAGGCACUAGGAAGUGGUCUCGCUCUCGAAGUCUGUGCUAGUUUGUUGGUUCUCGCGGUCCUUUGUAUCUUUGCCUCUCUGACUCUUUACUUCUUCGGAUUUGUUUGGCUGGCGUGCUUAUUCGGUCUGGGUUUUGACCGAGCUGGCUUGGGUGGAAGUGGAUCGGUGCUGGGCUCUUACUUAUUCGCGCGGGUCUGUCUUGGUGACGAGGGGUAUUUAUGUCCCUUCUCAUUCUCUUUUUUUUCCUGGAGUCUAUUCGGCUUUUCUUUGAUGGUCUCCUCGGUGUCUUGCGGUGGGAUCUGGAUGCAAAACAAAAUUUUAUCAACAGCAACAAAAACGGCCGGCGAAUAGUCUUCCUUGUGUCUUGUUACUUUGGGUUCUCUUUGUGCUUUUUUCUUCUUUUUUUUCUUCCUUUCUGUCUCUAUUGGUGCUUUUGACGUUUCCCCAUCUGGUGUUCGUGUUGAAAUGGUCGGAUAAUGGCGCUUUCUUCCCCGAAUCAUGAAUCUCUCGUCUCAUUUCUCGGUGUUCUUUGUUUUCAGUUUCUAUGUGAAUGGACUGGAUAUGGACUUUCUUCUUUAUAUAAGUUGUUAAUUGUGAAUCUUUUCUAUGCCGAGUUUGCGGGAGUAGGGUAGGGUGGGUUAUUCGAGUUCUGCGGAUACCAAUGGGCAAGCCUAAUGGAUCAAUUAGGUGGUAUUUAGGUAUGGCGCUCCGGCUGUACUCAUGUAUCAAACAGAAUCGAGUUACUUAUCUAGUA